AUGGAGGUGGAACAUCUUUCUAGAACCGGUUCAGAUCAUGCUCCAAUGUUUCUUACAUGUGGAGACAGAUUGUCCAGACAUAAGAAACCUUUUAGGUUUCUCAAAUUCUGGACUGAAAAUCCCUCUUUUAUUGAGGUGGUAAGGCAGAAUUGGUGUUCAAAUUGGGCCCAAAACCCUUUCUUGGAGUUUAAGGCUAACAUCAAGAAUGUGAAGUCUGUGUUGACUAAGUGGAGUAAGGAUAAUUAUGGAGACAUAUUCAAGAAAUUAAUAAUCAGGGAAGACAUUGUCAAGAUCAAGGAGAAACUGUUUGAAGAAGUACCUACUACUGAAAAUAGAGAAGUGUUACAAAGAGCCCAAGCAGAAGUUAAAAGAUAUCUUCAUUUUGAAGAAAUCUUUUGGCAGAAGAAAGCAGGAUAUGAUUGGUUUGAAAAUGGUGACAAAAUUACUAAAUUUUUUCACAGUAUGGUAAAGGGGAGGAGGAAGAGGUUGCAUCUGAAUAGAAUUCGAAAUUCUAAGGGCACCUGGAUAGAGGAAGAGGGUGAAAUAGCUACAGAGGCUAUUAAUUUUUAUAAUGCUCAGUUCAGAAUUGAAGGGUAUCUGCCUAAAUUGAUUUCUUUCAAUCAGUCUGAUUUUGUAAAGGGUAGAAGAAUCAUUGAAAAAGUUCUGCUGACACAAGAGAUUGUUACUGAGAUCAGGAAAAGAGGUAAACCAGCAAAUGUUGUAAUAAAGUUGGAUAUGGCAAAGGCAUAUGACAGAGUUUCAUGGUUUUAUUUGAUGAAAGUAGGGGUUAAGCAAGGAGAUCCUCUUUCUCCGGCUUUGUUUAUUUUAUCAGCCGAAGUUCUUUCUAGAGUGUUGAAUGCUUUAUUUGAGGAUGGUCGUUUUGUGGGAUAUGGGAUGCCUAAGUGGAGUACGAAGAUUAAUCAUCUUUCAUAUGCAGAUGAUACUAUUAUUUUUACGUCUGCUGAUAGGUAUUCCUUGAAGAAGAUAGUUUCAGUUUUACAAGAUUAUGAGACACAUUCAGAACAAAAAAUCAACAAGGAGAAGAGUGGCUUUUUCAUGCAUCAGAAUGCAGCUGCAACACAUAAGCAAUUGGUUGAAGAGUACACAUGUAUAUCUAGAGGUCAAUUUCCAAUGAAGUAUCUUGGUUGUCCUAUUUCCCAUGCCAAGAAAAGAAAGAUACAUUAUGCAGAUCUAAUUCAAAAGGUCAAGUCAAGGUUACAUGCUUGGAAAGAGCUACAUAGAAUUCUUGCUAAGUUUUUUUGGAGCAAUAAGGUUGAGGGUAAGAGCAAGCAUUGGGCUGCUUGGGAUAAAGUUUGCUUACCAAAACAAGAAGGGGGUUUGGGUUUUAGAUCUAUUUUUGAAGUGUCAAAAGCUAUGCAUGCUAAGCUUUGGUGGAAGUUUAGGACACAAAAUACUGUUUGGGCUAAUUUCAUGUGGAAUAAGUAUUGUAAAAAGCAAAUACCUUCACUUGUUCAAUGGAAGGGAGGAUCUCAGUUAUGGAAAAACAUGUUACAGAAUAGGGAGGUUACUGAAAAAUUUAUGUGGUGGAAACCUAAAAGAGUUUUUAUAAAGGAAACGGGUUGGAAGUAUAAGGAAAUGCAACAUCACCUACCUAUUAAUGUUAUUGAUCAUGUUAAACAGCACUUGAAUCAUGUGAGGCAAUCUGAUGAGGGAGAUAAGCCUUGGUGGAUCAAGACGAGUUCCGGCAAGUUUACAGUAAAGAGUGCAUGGGAUGUGUUGAGAAAAAGAGAAGAGAUAAAUGGUAUAUUAGGGCCGUGGAUACAGGUCAAGCAGGCUAUGAUAAAAUGGUGGGAAGCUAAGAAAAAAAUGACAAAUUCAAGUCAAGCAAAUGUUGGAAUAGUGAGUGCUACAACAACAUCGAUUGCACACAAUCGUUCAACUGCUGCCUCUUCACUGGCUGAGAAACCUGUAAAGUUUUCUGGAGUCGAUUUCAAGAGAUGGGCUACUGAAUGUCGAAGCCCUAAGAAGGAGAAGAAAAAGGAUCAAGAAAAUUUUGCUGAAUCCAAAGAAGAGAUGGACGAUCUCUGUGCAAUGCUUUCAUAA